AUGAACAACCGUAAUGCUUUGCAGCAGAGGCAGGUCCUCGGUGGUGUUCUAUCUGGCAUCUUUGGUGGUGCCGGAACAGUGGUCAGUCAAGUGGGUGAUGGCGUUACGUCUGCUAUUGGCGGUGUUACCAGUGCUAUUGGGAGUGUCACCAGUGCUGCGGGGGGUGUGCUCACUCCCACAUCGAUUCCAACUGCCACAAAGUCUUCCACCUCUACGACCCCGACGGUUUUGACAACCAUAUCAACUUCUGCUGGCAGGCCUUCAAUUUCACCCUCAUUCUCUUCAACAUCCUCUCCAACGUCCUCUUCAUCCACUUCCUCCUCUGCACCGAUAUCUACAUCUGUUUUCGAAACCACAUCUGAUGGCGUAAAACACACCGUAACUGCCUUUGUAACCGAUCCUGCUGCUACCGCUUCUUCCACUCCUCCUCUUGCCAAACAAUCCUUCUUGCAAAACAAACCCCUUUCAGGUUUUGUUUUCGCUUUGUGCGGCAUCGUCGGUCUCGUUUUGAUCAUCCUCGUCGCAACCUUUGCUUUCAGGCGGAGGAGGAAGAGGAAACUCGAGAACGAAGCGAUCUCCUAUGACCCUGGCUCUUUCCACGAUGACCUGGAAACACGCCUCGUCGACGGGGAAAGCAGCAGUGAUCAUCGUGUCAGUUCUGGUCACAACGGAACUGGCCCAUACGGAACAACUUACGCUCUAAACCCCCAUAUGUACUACCAGCAAGGACGUACCCCUGCUCACGGACUACAAUACUCGAAUUAUACUCCCCGCUCCCCGCUUGAGCAGCAACAACAACAGGCUUACGGAACGAGUUACAAUGUCGGUGUCGGUGCUCCCUUGCCUCCUUAUUCCCCCAACCCUGGAUCUUACAGUUCGGAAUUAUACCGAUCUACGUCCCGCGGUUCUGGUCAUUCCGUUUCUCCUCCACCACCAUUGCCCACUUCUUUGUUAAAUGGCGGAGUCAACAAGAGCCCUCUCCCUGCGGCUGUUCGCCCUCCCACUCCACCUCAAUUACCCUCGGCAUUUGGUGAUAACGGAAGUAUUGCUGAGAGGCAGAAUGUUUCCCCAAUUGAUUUGAAGGUUGCCAACCAAUAA